ACUAAAAUAUCAAAUAAAAAUAGCCUUCUGUUGAAUACUGAGAUCUCUAUAGUGUUAGAUUUAGAUUGGCUGCAAUAUUUAUAGCUCAGUUGUGAACAAUAUUUGUGAAUCUGAGACACUUCCUACAUACAUUGCUUUUACAUUGACUCACUCUAACCAGGAACACUAAUUUAUAUGCAUUUCGAUCGAAAGUAUCAGAAAUAUCUAAACUAUCACCUAAAUUUUGUAAGAAUGCAGUAAUACACUAUUUUUCCGAAUUUUAACUAUUUUAGCUGAAAAAUAUCCUACCAACGCUUGGAUACAAAUAUCUCUCCGAUAUCCCCCACAUCUUACCCUCUAGCUCAUCUACCCCCCAUAACCUCCUUCCCCCUAUAGCCCCUUCCUCAACCACUGCCUAAGCCAGGGGCUAAAUUCCCAGUCAGACUGCACCCGUACAGUUCUGGUCAGUGACUACAGCUUCUAAAGAAGUGAACGGGCGAAAGGUAUUGGGCACAACUGGAGGAAUAAGGGACGACGGGGUAAUAGAGGCUCUGGGCUUUGAACGUGAUGGUCCGAGGGAGGAAAUCGGAUAGGAGAGUUGCUCGAUAGAAGGUUGGGAGAAGGGGGUUACUAGAUGUAGGCAAUUAAUAGUGAAAAUUAAGCAGAGGUGAAGACAGAUGGGAGAUUAGUCUAAAAGUUUAGAUUGAGGCUUAUAGAUAAUAUGAGAGGAGGCUUAAGUGAAGAGAUAAGUUCUGGUAUUACUCAGAAGGAACCAAAUGGAAGUUUACCAGUUCAAGAAAUCCCAUCAAGUUUUGAUGAGUUUUCAAAUUCUCACAAUACAAGCUCUGAAGAGUCCCAUUUUGAAGCAAGUAUGCACAUAGCCCAGAUAUAAGAAUACAAUAAAGCCUCUUCAGCUCCUCUAAGUUUGACAGACAACUCUGAAGCUAGCUUUCUUUUGACUCAAGAGUCUGCAAAGGAGGCAACUAGAUCCUGGAAUAUAAAUCCACAGAUAUCAAAAGCAAGAAAUAUUGAGUUUGAUGCAAUUUGUUCAUAAAUUAUUUUUAUUUAAACUUUCAAAUAAGAGUGUCGAUAAUCUUAACUAUUCAGUGAUGACUCCUGACUAUGGUAUUGAUAAGCUGUAGACUUUGAUAAUUAUCAGAGCACCUAGUCAGUUGGAUAUCCACAACAGGAUGAAAAAAUCUUUUCGAAUAGAAUACUGUCAUGGGCUGAUAGAGAACACAGCAAAGACAAUCCAUUUGGAAUAGCUGUUAAUGAAGAUAUGGCACAGUUCAAAGGUAUUAUAUAGAAAAGUAACUUGAAUGUCCUUGAUCAAGAUGAGACCAAAGAGGAGAAUUCAGACAAUUCUUUUACUAAGAACGAUGCAAGUGUAAUUUCUCCAAUUAAACCUAAGCAAUAUUCUGCUUCGGAGCAUUAUUCUGAAAGUUGGAGAAAAUCCAUGAGAAAGAUGAAGGAAUUGAAAGAAAUUCAAAGAUUCAGAAACUUCCAAAGAAAGAGAUAUCCAGGUGCCAGCGAUCAAUAACCCACUAAAAUAUACAUCUUCUCAUCUGUCAGCUUUAUGUGUAGCUGGAAAUAUCGAAAAACCUUCUAAAAAACGGAUCGGUCGGAAUUCCUAAUGUUUUAGAAAAUCGUUACUUAAGAUAACAAAGCUAAGAAUUUGAAGUAUUCUUUGCUAAGAACUUUCCAAGAAAUGUAAACUUCUUAAUGAUAGGAAGUCUUUAUGCUACACAAUUUACUCUAGGUCAUCAGUUGCCUCAAGUCAUGAGAAUUAGUUAUCUAGUCCAAAAGGAAAUACAUUUGCAGAAUAUCGAAAUAAAGAAGCAGCAUCUCAAAAGUCUUCUAGCAUCAUUCAGACAUGUUGAAACUGUAGAUUUUAGCAACUGUUGGUUCUUAGUUCAAAAGCUCUUGAUCUCUCAUCUGCUCUUAAGGGACUAGAGUCAAAGAUCUCAAAUUAAACCAUUAAUCCUUCUUAAACUUAUAUCCUGAUUCAGUCAAGAUUCCUAUUUUUCACAAUUUUAUCAAAUGGUUGGCACGUCAUCUGAUCUAAGAAAAAGAUUGGAGAAGUGCUAUUUUCAUAUUCCAGAACUCGCAAAAACAAUUAAAGAAGAUUUUAAAGAAGGGGUUGAAAACGAACUGCAAACUCUUUUGUUAGACACUUUGGAUAGCAACGUGGAGCAAAAUUCACCAAAGAAUUUAACCACAAAAUUAUGAAAGAACUUGAAGGAAGAUUUCUGAAAGAUAUUUUCAAAGAAUUUACUCAAAACUAUAAAUAUUCAGAGGAAUUGGGCCCUCAUAGAAAUUGAACGACCUCUCCAAUCCCACUCAAACUGAGUAUUACUUUAAUGGAUUUGGGCAUGCAACAGUUAUUGACACAAAAUUAUUGGGAGUUAAUUCUUAUUACUUCAACCAU